AUGUUAUCGCGGCAUGCUGAGCGAUAUCCGACACGGAAUGCUGGUAUCAGACAUCUCAAACUACUCGAGCGACUUCAUGCCCCAGACGUAGCCCUCACGGGGUCAUUAUCAUUUGCCAACGACUGGACUUACUUUACAGACGCCUCCAAUCCUGCGUUUGAAAACCUCACAGCGGUUGGUCCCUACGCCGGGACAAAGCAAGCCUCUAACACAGGUCGAGCCAUGCGGCGGCGAUACGGUCACCUGGCAUCCAAGAGACAUCCAACAAAAUUCUGGUCUUGCGGAUCGCCGCGGGACGUCGAGACAGCAGAAUGUUUUGCUGAUGGGUUUUUUGGCCCUGAAUGGAAAAUUGAUGGCUCAGCGGUGCUUGAGGUUAUCCCGGAGACUGAAGAUCGAGGUGCGAAUACACUGACCCCUGGAGACACCUGUCGCAAUUAUGUUACGGACACUCAAGAAGGUCACGACAAGGGAUACAUCAAACUCGCAGAGUGGCAAGCCACUUUUAGUAAACCCAUUUCAGAACGGCUCGCGAAGGAUGCGGUCGCUGUGUCCUUCAGUCCUUUCGACAUAUACGGCAUGAUGGAACUGUGCGGCUUCGAGAUCCUUGCAAGGGGAAGCAGCCCCUGGUGCGACGUCUUCUCCAGACAGGAAUGGCUCGAAUUUGAAUACGCCCGAGAUCUGCUACAUUACUAUCGAGCUGGGCCAGGGAACGAAUUCGGAGCCUUGAUGGGCUGGUUGUGGCUAAAUGCAUCCCAAAGCCUCAUGUCGGAUCACUCCGCAAAGGACGUGUAUUUCAGUUUCGUCCACGACGGCGACAUCGUCCCUGUAAUGGCCACCUUGGGAAUAUCCAGUGAGCUUCCGGAGCUGGAAGGGCUGCCGACGGACCGCGUGGUGCACGAGCGAAAAUGGAGGACAAGCGAUGUGGUACCAAUGGGAGGACGAUUGGUCUUUGAAAGGAUCACCUGUGAUGCUGAGGCCGGAGCACAAGAGAAACGGCAUGCAGUGCGACUCUUUAUCAAUGAUGCGCUCAUUGAUCUGACUGGCAUUCCCAAUGCUGUCCCUUCCACCGAUAUUGAAGGCGCCAUCUCGAUGGAUAGUUUUCAGACCUUUCUAUCCGCCAGAGGUGCCGCGCUUGGAGAUUUCCGCCACAUUUGCGGGUUGACUGAGGAUGCGCCGGACCGGAUCGAAUUCCUUCACCAAUAG